AUGGUGAAUUCCUCAUGGACACAAUCUCAUAUUGAAAAGCUCUGGGGAAUAUCAUCUCGUACUAGGAGGGUGUAUCCUCCUUGUGAUACUUCUAGGCUUCAGGUGCUCCCUCUUGAAAUGCCAAUGGAUCCUCCUAAAAUUAUAUCAGUAGCUCAAUUUCGUCUAGAAAAGGCUCAUCCACUCCAACUGGAGGCUUUAGCUGUUGCCAUCAAAAAGUUAGAACCAGGCCUACCAAGGCCCAACCUCCAACUUGUGGGUAGUUGCAGAAAUGAAGCAGAUGAGAGAAGACUUCAAAAUUUGAAGGACUUGGCUAAAAAAUUAAACGUGGAAAAUGAUGUGGAGUUCCACAAGAAUGUGAUGUACAGGUUUGGAGCAUCACACUGUAUAUUAUGUUACUGAUGCUAUCUAAUACGAUUCUAAAAUCUAAUAUUUGCUUCUUGAGGCAAAAGCUUUGCCUCAUAAACAGGACUUAUUUUACUCUCAAAGCGUUUUUAACUUCAUUUUAAA